AUGUUGUGUAGUAUUAAACAAGUACUAUGUAAUCGAUAUUUGAUAAGAUUAAUUGGAAAGGAGAUUACUUUACAAACUAAAGUAAUUACAAGAGAGACGUUGCGUAAUCGAUUGAUGGAUGAUAAAGUAGAGUUUGAUGUAGAUCAACUAAGACACCCAGAUCUAAUGAUUAGAAUGUAUCAUCAAGCAAAUAAUGUUGAAUGGAUGUUGCGUAAUGGGUACAUCUACUUGUUAAGAGAUAGACUACGAAUGUUUUUUAAACAAGUAGAUACAAAUAUCGAUAGUAGUAAUACUGCUACCAAUACUAUUAGUACGACAACUACAACAACUACAACAACUACUACGACAACUACAACCUUUCAAACAUACUAUCAAUUAGAUGUUAGUGGUAUGUGGUACAGUCAUGUAACACCCAGUAAUUUGGAUAUUCUAUCAGACUGUGACAUCAAGAGAUUGCUACAAUACGCAAUUACAACUCUCAAAAAUCAAUAUACACUUGAUGUGAUGAUGAUUGGUAUUUCAAUGUCUCGUAAUACUAGAUUGCUUAGAAUUGCAUUGGAAAACAUCAACCCGACUAUUCGUAAUACUUUUAUUCGUCAGCUACUCAAGAGUAGUUGUGAAGCUGGUAGUAUAGAGAUGUACGAAGAAAUAGAGAAAUAUAUACCUGUUAAACUAUCGGAUGACGAGUUGUACAAGUUUGUCUAUUAUUCUCUAUACCAUCGUCAACCUCACAUGGUUCAUUAUCUUGUCAAAAGACGUGGGUUACCUGGGUGUCCUCAAUACACCGCAUCGUCACGUCUCCCAGAUUGCCUCUACCAUCUAUUAGAGAGUAAUGAUGCCGAGCUAUACAAGUUGUUGUGUAUUGACAAUUUGAUUGUCACCGAUUCGCCAACAUCCCAUGUUCACAAUUACUUUGUAUCAUUAUUACCAAAUAUUACAAAGGUCACAAGUAAACAUAUAGACCUAUUACAAGUACUCCAAGUACACCGUAAUGGAGGUCAAUUAAGAAGUAACAAUAGUUAUUUGGCAACUUUAAAAUCAUUACUCAAAAAUUGUAACGACCCAAAAGAACAAGAAAGAAUUGGAGAGAUUUUGGAGAAUAUCUCAACUGUCUUGUCUGCAUUCUUUUUGGUGUUGCUCUAUGUUGGCAAGAAUCCAUCUUAUUAUCUACAAGUAGCAAUUAGCAAGGCUGUUCAAUCGAUACAAAGCAUUUAUUCGAGUAUGGUAGUAACACAAUUCCUCUACGACCAACUACCACAAAACAUUGCAAAUGGUCAAACUUUGUUAUUUAAUGCAACGUGUGUUUCAACUCGAUUGGAAUGUGUUACAUUGGUAUAUGAAAGAUUGGUAAAGGAUGGUAUUCAAAUCCACCAGGCUCCUCCUGGAACCCAACAUCUAGAGACCUUUCAAUUUAUCGAAAAACAUAUAUCAUCAUCACUGCUCGACGCAAACUACCUUUGGGACAUGUUACGUCAAUCAAUUGUAAUCAAUAAUUACCAACUCGUCUAUCAUAUCUUGUACCACUAUAUCUCACAACUUCAACAAUUACCAAAACAAUUUUUUAUUGAUGCACUCGGCACAUGCAACAUUGACAUUGUAACAUGUAUACUGGAAACAUAUCAACUUCAAGUGUCAGCUUUCACUCUGGACGAUAGUGACCUCGUCAAAAUAUUCUCAUCUAGAAAGGUUGUUUACUUUUUCGUUAAACAUUUUACAAAACUCGUUACAUUGUUUGUAGAUAUACGUAGUCUAUUUAAAUACAAGGUUGACGAUAUUAUAGCUUUGGCCAUUCACAUUAAUCGUCCCAAUGUAGUACUUCACCUCCAACCAACCAAUAUCCUAGGUGGUCUAGAUACAUACCUAGCAACACCCGAGAAAUUACUCAGUUCCAUCUUUCCUCUUCUUCGAGAGUAUCAACAAAUGAAAGACCAAGGUUGGACCGAUCUCGGUAGACUAGGCAACACCACUCUGGUCGAUCGAAUCCUAUCACAAUUCCCCUCUAAAAGACAAGCCAUUCAUCAUAAACUUUUACAAAUUGCUGCUGGUGCCUAUGCAGAGGGUCGUACCGAGUUGCUCGCCCACUUGGGACAGAAAUAUAAUCUAAAACACUACAACGUAGAUAAUAUAACCAUUUUAUUGAAAAAUAACCAAAUCAAAUUGUAUCGAUCAAAUAAUCUACAAAAAGCUUAUAGAGAAAAUAGAGAUAAUUUUGUACAAACUAAUUUUGGUAUUGAAACUUGGAAAAAGGAAGUUUAUGAUGAUACUCUUGGAUUGUUGAUGGUUUCAAAAUAA